AUGGCAUCCGCUAUCGGCAAACGCAUUGUCUUCACCGGUGGCUCUGGCAAGGCCGGACGACACUGCAUUCCCUACCUGUUGGAGAAGGGACAUCAGGUCCUCAAUUUAGAUCUGAUCGACUUCCCUAAGGACCAUAUUCCAGAAGGAAAGACGGUUUACACCAUGAAAACAGACUUGACAGAUGGCGCCCAAACAUUCAAUGCCCUGUCGUCGUUGUUCUCUAUGGACGAAUACGCCCUUCCUAAACACCCCGGGCCACCAGAUGCAGUAAUUCAUUUCGCUGCAUACGCACGUAACAUGAUCGUGCCAGACAGUGAGACCUUCCGUGGCAACGUGAUGAGCACCUACAAUGUGAUCGAAUCUGCGUGCAAGCUGGGCGUGAAGAAGAUCGUCAUCGCCAGCAGCGAAACCACCUACGGAGUCUGUUUCAGCCAAGGGGACGAUGACUACCACUCCUUCCCACUCGACGAAGAUACCUACGACCGCAACCCGAUGGAUACGUACGCAUGCAGCAAGCUCGCCGGUGAACGCAUUGGGCGCACCUUCGCCCGCCGCUUCGGAGUGGACAUCUACGCUCUCAUCAUCGGCAACGUUAUCGAGCCGCACGAGUACGAGAGAGAUUUCCCACGGCACGUUGGACAGCCUGAGACCCGAAAGCGCAAUGCAUGGAGCUACAUCGACGCACGCGACCUGGGUCAGAUUUGCGAUCUGUGCGUCGCAAAGAAUGGCUUGGGGUUUCAGGCAUUUAACGCCACGAACGAUACGAUCACCACCAGUAUCCCGACAGAGGAAUUUCUCAAGACGACAUGUCCCGACACACCAAUCACAAGAAAACUCGAAGAAUGGGAAGCUCCGCUGUCGAACAAGAAGAUCCGAGAUGUGCUUGGGUAUAAGGACGUGCAUGACUGGAGAAAGUACUAUAAGCACCAGGGUUAA